UCUUUUUUCUCAACUAUUUGGCUUCUCUUUCUCUUUCAUUUUUUCAAUGCUCCUAUGGGAAGAACCAAAGUCUCCACCCUCUUUGCCAAUAAGCACAACAACAACAAUUACAUGCUUCCUUAUUCCAACACCAUAAGACAAACUCUUGUAAACAGGCCAAAUACCCACAAAGACCGGUUCCCCUUUUCACUCUUUGAAUUAUUGCGGCGCCUUAUUCAUUCAAGUAUUCCUUACGACAUCUUCUUCCAUUUUCAUUCACACUUCUCUCUAACUAGAAAAGUAGAUGGAGACUCAAAAACCGAGGAAGAGGAGAAAGUCUACUCUUGGUUAUACACCUUGGCCCAGUCAGACAAAAACUUGGUUUUCGAGUACGUUAGGUCCACUGAGAGAGGCUUAAGUUUCACAGAAGCCGAUAGGAGACUGAGGGAAAAUGGGCCAAAUGUUCCACUUGAGUAUUCCUUUCCAAGAUGGUGGCAUCUUCUAUGGAACUCUCUUUUCCAUCCUUUCAUUAUCAUUCUGAUUGUUUUGUCAGUUCUGUCAUUCAUUACCUGCGACAGUCCAAAUGGAUUUAUCAUGCUCAUAUUGGUUUUCAUCAGUGUCACCCUUCGUUUCUAUCAGGAAUACAGCAGCUCAAAAGCAGCAAUGAAGCUUUCAGAAUUUGUAAAAUGUCCAAUAAAAGUUCAAAGAUGCGCUGGUAGAGUUGUUCAGAAAGAACUUGUAGUUCAAGUUGAUCAGAGGGAUGUAGUUCCAGGUGACAUUGUGAUUUUUGAACCUGGUGACCUCUUUCCUGGAGAUAUCAGGUUGUUAUCUUCUAAACAACUUGUUGUAAGCCAGGCAUCACUAACUGGGGAAUCUUGGACAACUGACAAAACUGCUGAAAUCAGAGAAGAUCACAGCACUCCUUUAUUGGAUUUAAAGAACAUCUGCUUUAUGGGCACAAACGUGGUAUCUGGUACUGGAACAGGCUUAGUGAUUUCCACAGGAUCCAAUACUUACAUGAGCACCAUGUUUUCAAAAGUUGGGAAGAAGAAACCACCAGAUGAAUUUGAAAAGGGUCUCAGACGGAUAUUUUACUUGCUUAUUUCUGUCAUUCUAGCAGUUGUUACCAUCAUGUUUGUGAUAAAUUACACUACAUCUCUUAAUUUGAGCCAGAGUGUUCUUUUUGCCAUCUCAGUUGCAUCUGCCCUCAAUCCUCAGAUGCUUCCCCUCAUCAUUAACACAUGUCUUGCAAAAGGAGCACUUGCUAUGGCUAAAGACAGAUGUAUAGUAAAAAGUUUAACAUCUAUACGCGACAUGGGAUCAAUGGAUAUUCUUUGUAUUGAUAAGACAGGCUCCCUUACAAUGAAUCAUGCAAUCAUGGUUAAUCAUCUUGACUGCAGGGGUUUACCCCAAGAAAAAAUUUUACGCUAUGCCUUCCUCAACUCUUACUUUAAGAGUGACCAGAAGUAUCCUCUGGAUGAUGCUAUCCUAGCAUUUGUAUAUUCAAAUGGAUUCAGGUUUCAGCCAUCUAAGUGGAGGAAGAUAGAUGAGAUUCCUUUUGACUUCAUAAGAAGAAGAGUAUCUGUCAUCUUAGAAACAGAAGGCGGACACUCACAAUUCUUUGGCAGGUUCCUGUUAACAAAAGGAGCACUGUUAGAAGUAUUGAGAGUUUGUUCUUUCAUUGAGAAUUUCGAUAAAGAUGAAAUUUCUCCCUUCUCUUCAGAUGAUUAUCAGCGGAUUUUAAAUCUCUCAGAAGAUUUGAGCAAUGAGGGGUUAAGGGUAAUAGCAGUAGCUAUAAGGAAGCUGGAAAUGCCCCAAAUAUGCGAAACAAGUAAUGGAAGCAAGAGAGAAGAGGAGGAUAUUGAAAGAGACAUGGUGUUCAUCGGCCUCAUAACGUUUUUCGACCCACCAAAGGACUCAGCAAAGCAAGCACUGUGGCGUUUGUCCGAGAAGGGAGUGAAGGCUAAGGUUUUAACUGGUGACUCCCUCUCCUUGACAACAAGGGUAUGCAGGGAAGUUGGCAUAAGUACCACUCAUGUAAUAACAGGUCCUGAACUAGAACAACUUGACCAAAACACUUUCCAUGAGACAGUUCAAAGAGCCACAGUACUCGCUCGUCUCACCCCAAUUCAGAAACAACGAGUGGUGCAAUCCUUGCAAACAAUUGGAAACCAUGUCGUUGGGUUCUUAGGAGAUGGAGUGAAUGAUUCACUAGCUUUAGAUGCUGCCAAUGUAAGCAUUUCUGUGGACUCAGGUGUAGCCAUUGCCAAAGACAUGGCUGAUAUUAUCUUACUUGAGAAAGACCUCAACGUGCUUGUUGCAGGAGUGGAGCAUGGUAGACUUAGUUUUGGCAACACAAUGAAGUAUCUUAAGAUGUCAGUGAUAGCUAACUUGGGAAGUGUCAUUUCACUCCUCAUAGCAACACUGUUAUUCAAGUAUGAGCCCUUAACUUCUAGACAGCUUCUUACUCAGAAUUUCAUCUACAGUGUGGGACAGAUUGCCCUUGCUUGGGACAAGAUGGAUGAAGAGUAUGUUAAGACACCUCACAAGUCCUCAGAGAGAGGCUUGUCCAUGUUCAUGUUGUGGAAUGCACCAGUGUGCACCCUUUGUGAUGUGGCAACACUUUUGUUUCUUUGGUUUUAUUACAAGGCUUACACUGAUGUGACUCAGAAGUUUUUCCAUUCAGCUUGGUUCAUUGAAGGUCUCCUAUUGCAGACCCUCAUCAUCCACUUGAUAAGGACAGAGAAAAUCCCUUUCAUACAGGAUGUUGCAUCUUGGCCUGUGAUUUUCUCCACUGUUGUGACAUCUGCAAUUGGAAUUGCACUUCCAUUCACACCCAUUGGGAAGGUCAUGGGAUUCUCACUUAUACCUCUUUCAUAUUUCGGAUUUUUGGUGCUUCUUUUUCUGGGGUAUUUUACAGUUGGCCAGGUCGUUAAGAGACUUUACAUAUUGGUUUAUAAGAAAUGGCUUUGAAUAUCAAAACAUUCAUCUGUUUAGUCGCUUAAAAUGCCGCUGUUAUGAAGUCAAUAUCAAGUAGAAACUUUUCGAUCGUGUCGUCAAACACAUCCAACAUUGCUGUAAUCGUACCCUACAAAUUUCAAAACAAUAGGAAUUACAUUCAUGAAUGAAUAAUACGUGCAUUAAAAUUUUGUAUACUA